AUGGGCCCAGUUGGCCCUGGGUCGCCCGGGCCUCCUGGGCCUUUUGGACAACCAGGAGAGAAGGGAGCCAUUGGGACAGUUGGUCCUCGGUCUGUUGGGCCUCCUGGUCCUCCUGGACAGAAGGGAGUCACGGGCCCAGCUGGCCCUCGGUGUGUUGGGCCUCCUGGUCCUCCUGGCCCUCCAGGACAGAAUGGGUGCAUGGGCCCAGUUGGCCCUCGGUCUGCCGGGCCUCCUGGUCCUCCAGGAAAGAAGGGAGCCAUGGGCCCAGCUGGUCCUGGAUCUGUCGUGCCACCUAGUCCUCCAGGAGAGAAGGGGGCCAGGGGGCCGAUUGGCCACCCGGGACAAAAGAGUGAAAUAGGACUGGUGGGGCCAACGGCAUUUGUUGCAGCCUGUCCUAAAGGAAGUUAUCACCAGUGGCGUGGAAGCUGCUACAAGGUAUUCGACACCCAGAAGGACUUCAGCGAAGCAACCGCGACCUGCCGUCAAGAUGGCGGCACCCUCGCCAUGCCCCGAGAGGCGGAGACCAACGCUUUCCUGAUGUCCCUGUUUAAGACCACUACUGGCAAUGACGGCGGAUUCUGGCUCGGCCUCUCCGAUGAGCGCGAGGAAGGAGUGUUUACGUGGGAUGACGGCACUUCCCUUGGAGCGUACACCCAGUGGGGUUGA